AUUGUUAAGUGGGGGCACUUAAUAAAUACCGAUCAGAAUAAAGGAGAGGAAUAUUUAGUUAUAAGUGACUAAGCAUUUUGAAUGUUGAUUUAUACGUUACUACUUCUAAAAAAUCUGCAUCUUAUAAUUAACGUAUUGAGGAGUUUUAUUUAACAGGAUGGAAUUAGAACAGUUAUGACUUUUAAUUAAAUGACUUGUUGGAAGAUACAUUAGGACAUAUUUAUCUAUCUAAUUAAUACUUAUACUUAACUACCGGAAGUGCAGAAUAUUUUUUUUUCAAGCGACAUGAAGAGAUCAUUAUAGUCCUUUUCUUUGGAUGUUUUGAAAAAGUGAAGAAAAGUUGAUGUGUUUUUUUUCUUUUAAAAAUGUAUUCUCCACUCGUGGAUAUUGAUGGAAAUCAAACGUGGACAUUGGACGAAUUGAGUAAAAUAAAAGCAGCAGAUUUGGUACCAGCUAUUGCGUACCUUUGUUUCUUGAUGAUCAUUGGAGUUAUUGGAAAUGCUUGUGUUCUGGUUAUUUUCUACUUCCGGUUCAGUGAGUCUACGCACAGAACGUUUAUUCUGGUACUUGCUUUUUAUGAUUUCUUUGCUUGCGUCGUCGGAGCACCGUGGGCAGUUGCUGAGUCAUUUUUCGCUUACAGCUAUAUGGACGAAAUUUCUUGCAAAAUUUUUAGAUUCAUUUUAUAUUACACAUGUAUUGCAUCCAGUCUUACAUUAGUCUUGAUUGCUUUUGAACGGUACCGAAAAAUAUGUACGCCGUUAAAAAAACAAUUUACUGUGCCAAUGGCAAAACGUGCACUAUUCAUUGUUACGAUUGUAAUUUCGUCGCUAUCGGCCUCCCCUGCAUUUGUGUUUUAUGGAAAUGCUUCAAAAGAUACUGGAGUAGAAGGAAUAACAGGAACAAGAUGUUUUAUAACAGACUUUUAUGAACAUGAAGUCCCUGGUUGGCCUAUGGCUUUCAAUGUUUACCUUCUUAUUCUUGCCUUUGUUUCCACACUAUGCAUGACAGUAUGUUAUGCCAUGAUCGCAAGGCAAGUUUCUAAAAUGGGUAAAGCAAACAUUUCUAAACGCAUGAAAGCAGCGGAAAAAUCUAACGGCGAAAUGAAUUCAGUUUGCGUCGACGACGACAGUGAAACUACCCAGUUUAAAGCAAAAAGAGUAGUUUCAGAAGUCAUAAGUGUAAAAAGCACAGCUUCAGAGAUGGACAAUUCUAAAAGUUUAGGCAAAACGAAACCAAAAGGCACACUGAAAAACAGAACGUCUGUGUGGGCUAACAAAGUUAUGCGUAAAUUAUCGACGUCGUCGGGUAAAAAGACAGUGCGGAUAACAAAAAUGUUGACCCUUGUCACCAUAGCGUUUGUGAUAAGCUAUCUCCCUCAUCUUUCGCUGAUGAUCUGGAGCAUGGUGAUAACUAAAGACGACAAACACACCCUUCCUACUGACAAUGAAUACAAGAUUCUCUUCUAUUCAUUUUUCAUCAAUAAUUUAGUCAAUCCAUUCAUCUACGCCUCAAUGGAUCUGAAGUUCAGAGGAGAGCUUGCUAAACUUUUUAAAUGCAAAUUUUCUUGUAAAAGAUGAAAUUUGUUAAUUGUGAUUAUAUCUUAAUACAAUUUAAUUUGCUUUAACAAUUUAAAAAAUACACGGCUAAUAUCCAUUUUUAUCGUUAAUUGUGAACAAACUGUUAUCUCUGUGUUUCUCUAUAUAUGAUUUAAAAUGGUCAAAUGUCA